AUGUCUGACGACGUUGAUGCUUUGCUCGCCAAAGAAGCCUCUGAACACACCAAGGAUUCUGAGAUUGAUCGGAUUCUCAAUGCAUUUCCUUUAGAUGCAUACUCAGUUCUUGAUCUUCAGCCAGGUGUUUCUCCCAGUGAUAUUAAAAACACUUAUCGCAAAAAGUCUUUAUUGAUCCAUCCCGAUAGAACCAAGAACCCUAGGGCCCCAGAUGCUUUCGAUAGACUUAAAAAAGCCGAGACUGCAUUGGCUGAUGAAGAAACACGGACUGCAUUAGAUUCUGCAUUUACAGAUGCUCGCCGGAUUCUUAUUCGUGAACGCCGAUGGACAAUCCAUGACCCACGCUUGACAUCGGACGAGUUUCUUGUAGACUGGCGACGCAAGACCCAGGAGGUUCUUGUAGAGACUGAACUACGCAAGCGCAAGCGGGCAAAAGCACAGCUUGAAGAGGAAGGCCGUUUAAAACGGGAGCAUGAGCGCGAGGUAGAGGAACGACGGUUAAAGCGGGAGCAGGACCGUGCGUGGGAGGAUUCACGAGACACGCGUGUCAAACAAUGGCGGGACUUUCGGAAAAAGCGAGAUGCAGCAACUGCAGCAGCAGCAGCGUCACAUUCUAAAAGUUCGCGUUCUGCCAUCAAUGCACGCAAUGCUACCAAGAAGCUCGGGCUGGAGCCUCCUCGUGCAGCACCAGCCUCUGGUGUGACCAAGGGGUCUUCUGGGAAGAAAAAGAAGAUUAAGAGCAGCUUGCAGGUGUUAGGGUGA